AUGGCUGAUGGUCAUGAGACUGAUAAGAACAUUGAGGUGUGGAAAAUCAAGAAAUUGAUCAAAGCUCUUGAAGCUGCUAGAGGAAAUGGCACAAGUAUGAUUUCCCUCAUCAUGCCCCCACGUGAUCAAAUAUCUCGUGUCACUAAGAUGCUUGGUGAUGAGUUUGGAACUGCUUCAAACAUUAAAAGUAGGGUGAACCGACAGUCAGUGCUAGGUGCAAUCACUUCUGCUCAGCAGAGGCUUAAGCUCUAUAAUAAGGUUCCUCCAAAUGGGCUUGUUCUGUAUACUGGCACAAUUGUGACUGAGGACGGGAAAGAGAAGAAGGUCACUAUUGACUUUGAGCCUUUCAGACCUAUCAACGCAUCCCUUUAUCUGUGUGACAAUAAGUUUCACACUGAAGCUUUGAAUGAGCUCCUUGAGUCGGAUGACAAGUUUGGAUUUAUUGUCAUGGAUGGUAAUGGUACUUUAUUUGGGACCUUGAGUGGAAAUACAAGAGAGGUGCUUCAUAAAUUCAGUGUGGAUCUCCCAAAGAAACAUGGAAGAGGAGGGCAAUCAGCCCUGCGUUUUGCUCGUCUUCGAAUGGAGAAGCGUCAUAAUUAUGUCAGAAAGACGGCAGAGCUUGCUACCCAGUUCUAUAUCAAUCCUGCCACCAGUCAACCCAAUGUUUCUGGAUUAAUACUGGCUGGUUCAGCUGAUUUCAAAACUGAGCUUAGUCAGUCUGACAUGUUUGAUCCUCGAUUACAGGCAAAAAUACUUAAUGUUGUUGAUGUUUCCUAUGGAGGAGAAAAUGGUUUUAAUCAGGCUAUUGAGUUGUCUGCUGAAAUUCUUUCCAAUGUGAAGUUUAUCCAGGAGAAACGAUUGAUUGGGAAAUACUUUGAGGAAAUUAGCCAGGAUACUGGAAAGUAUGUUUUUGGUGUUGAAGAUACUCUGAAAGCGUUGGAGAUGGGAGCUGUUGAGACACUUAUUGUUUGGGAAAAUCUUGAUAUGAACAGGUAUACCUUGAAAAAUAGUGGUACUGGUGAGAUUGUCAUUAAGCACUAUAACAAGGAACAGGAUGCCAACCAAAGCAAUUUCCGCGAUCCAGAGACCUCUGCUGAUUAUGAGGUUCAGGAGAAAUUGUCUCUACUGGAGUGGUUUGCAAAUGAAUACAAACGGUUUGGUUGCACUCUCGAGUUUGUCACCAAUAAAUCACAAGAAGGUUCACAGUUUUGCAGAGGUUUUGGUGGGAUAGGUGGGAUCUUGCGAUACCAGCUUGAUAUGCGAACAUUUGAUGAUUUCUCAGAUGAUGGAGGCGCAUACGAUUCUGAAUAG